AUCAUCCUUAUGCUCACUAUCUUUCCUAUCUAUAUCUGUCGUCUUUGAACCAUUUGAUCACUCGUACUAAAUGGCUUCAAAGGUUGUGUUAGUAUUUGUUGCAGUUGUAUUUGCAACCUUUGUUUUGCUCUUCCCUUUGGAGGUGGCUGCUUCUGAGUACGAAGGAAUGGCAAACAAGACUGAAGGAAGGGAGCUAUUUCCAAUUGCAAUCAUAUUCAGGAUUUUUAGGGUUUACAAUAUAGGAGAAAAGAUUUAUAAAACUGUAAAUUGGACUAUUACUCAAGCUGAGGAGUACGUGGAUGGACAAUGCUUCACAUAUUGCCGCAAUGAUUCAGGAAACCCACAAAGCUCUUGUGAAUGUGAUGUUAGUGCCCCAAAUGAACCACCUCUUGUGACACCCUCUCAGUGUGAAAACUUCCAACACCAUUGCUGCAACUUUACUAUAAUUGGCCUUCUCUGUAAAGGAUGUUGCAAGGGUCCUCGGCCUCAAGGGCUGCCAUUCCCAUAAAUUAAUUAAUUAAUUAACCAUUUAAUUUCCUUGUAGUGGAUGGGUAUAUAUAGACUAGUAAUGAAUUAAGUUGAUGAUGUUUCUUCUCUCCUUCCUUUCCUUGUUGGUGGAUUUACUUGUGGUUUUGUUCUAUAUAGAAAUUAAUGUUUGAUCUUUA